AUGCGGAGUGUCGCCACCCUCGCCUUGGUUGCCCUGGCCCAGGCAGCCUCCUUCAGCACAGGGACCAUCCACAGCGAUGCUGCUCCCAUCCUGAGCUCCAUCGAUUCCGAGAAUAUCCCCGACUCGUACAUCAUCAAGUUCAAGGACCAUGUUGAUGAGUCGGCUGCCGCUACCCAUCACUCGUGGAUUCAGUCCGUUCACAGCGAAGCCGAGGACCAGUUUCUCGAGCUCCGCAAGCGUGGCGAGGACUCCCUCCUUGGAAAGGUCUUCCACGGCAUGAAGCACACCUUUUCCAUCGGCGAGUUCAAGGGCUAUGCCGGCCACUUCCACCCUGAUGUCAUUGAGAAGAUCCGUGGCCACCCCGAUGUCGAGUACAUCGAGCAUGACACCAUGGUCCACACCAUGCUACCCGUCAAUCAACAUGACCUCGUGACUGAAGACAAGUGCGAUGGCGACGUUGAGAAGCAGGCGCCCUGGGGCCUUGCCCGUGUCUCUCACCGUGACACCCUUGGCUUCAGCACAUUCAACAAGUACCUGUACACUGAUAGCGCUGGCGAGGGUGUUGAUGCCUACGUCAUCGACACAGGGACUAACGUCGACCACGUCGACUUUGAGGGCCGUGCCAAGUGGGGUGCUACCAUCCCUGAAGGUGAUCCUGACGAGGACGGCAACGGCCACGGCACUCACUGCUCCGGUACUAUUGCUGGCAAGAAGUACGGUGUUGCCAAGAAAGCCAAUGUCUACGCCGUCAAGGUCCUUCGUUCCAGCGGUUCCGGUACGAUGGCCGACGUUGUCAAAGGUGUCGAGUUCGCUGCCGAGUCUCACCAGGCUCAGGUCAAGCUCGCCAAGGCCGGCAAGCGCAAGGGCUUCAAGGGCUCUGUUGCCAACAUGUCUCUGGGUGGUGGCAAGACCUCUACUCUCGACGCUGCUGUCAACGCUGCCGUCCGCGCUGGUGUCCACUUUGCUGUUGCUGCUGGCAACGACAAUGCCGAUGCCUGUCGUUACUCUCCCGCUGCUGCCUCUGAACCUCUCACUGUCGGUGCCUCUGACAUGAGCGAUGACCGUGCCUAUUUCUCCAACUACGGAAAGUGUACGGAUAUCUUUGGCCCUGGUGUCAGCAUCCAGUCCACCUGGAUCGGCUCCCCCUAUGCCAUCAACACUAUUUCUGGUACCUCGAUGGCCUCUCCCCACCUCGCGGGUCUCCUUGCCUACUACCUUUCCCUCCAGCCCGCUGGUGACUCUGAAUUCGCCCUUGCCCCCAUCACCCCUACUGAGCUUAAGAAGAGCAUCAUCUCUGUUGCCACAGAGGGCGCUCUUGAGGGUCUCCCUGACAGCGACACUCCCAACCUGCUUGCCUGGAAUGGCGGUGGCUGCAGCAACUUCUCUAAGAUCGUUGAGGCUGGCGGCUACAAGGUUCAGCGUGCCCCUUCCACGAUUGAGGAGCUCAAGAACGAGUACGAGGUUGUCUCCGGCAAGGUUGUUGAUGGCGUUGAGGUCGUCUCUGGCCAGGUUUCCAAGGAGCUUGAGGACUUGGAGGCCAAGGCUGCCAUCCUCGGCGACAAAGUUCGCCAGGUUGUUGACGAGGAACUGAAGAAGCUCCUCUCAGACCUGACUGUCUAA